UCAUCCCAGUCUGGCAGACAGCUCUUCCUCUCUGUUGCGUACAAAAUAUUCAAAGUCAACACUUAAAUGCAGGCCACCAAACAUCUCUACUUGUUGAUGCUCUAACCGUAUCUUCGGAUCAGGGGUCUAACGGAUCACAGAAAGGCAAUGCGGGAAGAGAACUCCCCCCCGAUGGACAGCGCUGGCAACAGCGAGGAGGAGACCGAGCGUCAGCUGCCGCGCAGGGGCGCACGGAAAAGGCGGAUAGCGCGGCGGAGCGCCGAUGAAGACGACGAGGCAGAUAUGGAGAGUAGUACCUGUCCGGGGAAGAAAAAGUGCAGGAAAAGUUGUGAGGAAGGGGGUGGGAGCGCGGGUAGCGGCAGCGAGGCCAGCAGCAGCAGCAGCAGCCCAGCGCGUUCUUUCGACGACCUGCAGACGCAGCGCGUCAUGGCCAAUAUCCGCGAGCGGCAACGGACGCAGUCGCUCAACGAGGCGUUUACGUCUCUGCGGAAGAUCAUUCCAACUCUCCCAUCGGACAAACUCAGCAAGAUCCAGACAUUGAAGCUCGCCGCGCGCUACAUCGACUUUCUGUACCAAGUUUUACAGAGUGAUGAGCUGGACGCGCGGGGGACCAGCUGCAGCUACGUGGCGCACGAGCGCCUGAGUUACGCGUUCUCUGUCUGGAGAAUGGGGGGCGCGUGGUCCUUGUCUACUUCAUCCCACUAACUGGAUCAUCCUGCUGGAGAAGUGACAGCAGGAUUUUGCUGACUGGACAGCCAGAGGACAAGGCAGCCCUUCAAAAAGGUCAAGAUUAGGCCCACUCGGCCAUUGUGCUUCAAGGUUCAGAGGACAGAGACCUUUUCCUAAUUCCCUUUGCAUGGACCGUGAUGUUUACAAGGGAGCACUUAAGAAGUGAGGUGAAGGACAUGACUGAACCAAAACCACUGCGACUAUGAAUGUUGUAAAACCAAAAAAACAAGCUCUGGCAAAGUGCUCUGUCUUGAAAAAUGAGAGUGAAACGACAAUCCAUUCCACAUUCCCUGUGACAGUAUUUCACCGAAAUGAAGUAUUUUGUAUUUAUUUUUCUGUACAGUUAUGAAACUUUUUUCCUUUCUCUGAAAUAAAAGCUAUUUAUUUUUUUGGGAAAUACAUCUAAAUGGAAAGCAAUUUUGUGUGUUGCGUAAAUUUGUAAUGUGAUGAUUAAAAAAAGGAAACAUCUUCAUC